UAGUGUUUAUUGCGGAAGUUGUAGUAACCGCUCUCAAUGUGACAUUACAGGAGCAUUUCAGCAUAUAAACAUUGGGUUACGAUGUUUCUCACCGCUGUUAAUCUUGCCAAGAGCAAGUCUAAGACAGUGUUGGUGCAGAUGAUGAGCGCUGCAGGGACGGGUUACUGCUUCAACACCAAAAGAGGACGACUCCGGGAAAAACUGGUGCUGAGAAAACACGACCCAAUAGUAAAUAAACAUGUUCUAUUCCUGGAGAAGAAGAAGAUCCGAUCUCUUUAAGCAUGGACCCAGCAGUGGAAUUUGUUGAAAUUGAGAAUGGGGAAAAUAUAUUGCAUUGUUUAAAGACCAGAUAAGAGUAUGAAGAAAGCCAAACCCACCGAGGAUAAGUCUGAGAAUGACAUGGUCAUACUGAAGGGACAAUGUAAUGAAGUGAGGAAUGGACUGUCAGGCAUUGCCCAAGUGACUAAUAUUUAAUUUAAGAUCCACCGGUGGUGGUGGCCUCAGAGAGAUAAAUACAUUCACACUUUUCUAACACAGAAAAACAUUGACCAUUACAUUGUUGUUGCACUGUAAAUGUAAUGACCAUAAUGGCCAUUUUCCAUUUUUUGUUAAUAAACUAAAUAAGUGUAAAUCA